CUCAUCUGACCUUGAACCAGGCGGACACUUCUAGUUUUCAUCGACAGCGGUAAGAAAAUAUAAUGAUGUGGUCAUAGGAUCAUUAACUUCCAAGGCAUUCGAAGUGCGUUAAAUGUAUUAACGAUAUAUUAAAAUAGCGUUGCUGAAAGAUGUCCAGCACUUUGUACGAUGUAUUAGAGUCCUACGAAUCCGGGAAAGUCAAAAAGGGAUCUGUUCGGACGAGUGAGUGGAUGAGUUACAAAAAUGAGAGUAUGACAUUUGAUGAAAUUAUGGAACAAGCUGAAGUUAUUUUCGCCGAAAAAUUUGGCUCAAAAGACUGCAAUAAAUAUCCAACUGUUGUUGAAAUCAGACCAAGUGGAGGACCUGCUUGCGAAUCAUUAUUCACGGUACUUCGGCAUGUAACAGAUGAUCAGAUUAGCAAGAAAGUGUAUAAUGAAUCACCUCAUAUUUUCCAAAGCGAAUGGUCUAAUUUCUCUGUUUAUAUAAAACGUUUUCAUUUAAAAUCUAUUAAACAAGAUGAAUUUAUGGAUGAAACAAAAGAUUUUAUUGAACAAUUAUCAGAAGGAAAUUUUAACUAUUUGCCAGAACCAUAUUAUUGGAUUAUAUACGAUCCAUCCUUGACAACUAAUGAAGAUGGUAAUGCAGAGAUUUGGUUAAAAGUUGAAUAACACUAUGAUUGUCUUCAAUGUUUACUAUUGGAAACUUUGUCUGGAUUCAGCUUAAUUAUCUUAUCAUACCCCUUUCAUUUAACCUUCUCUCUUAAUGAUUGUUGGUAUAAAUAUGAACGUAGUUUCCGUGGUGAAUUUAUGCAUUCACGAGCUGUUCUAUUUUUUAAACAUCACAUUUUGUGUCUGUUAUUAUUAUUAUUAUUAUUAU